ACAUGAAUUAAUAUAUGAGUGUUGGAUACUUAUUAGUUAGAUUAUCUAGUAAUUGUGCACUUGUCACUUAUUACUUAAGUAUAUCCUAAUUCUUGGUGGGUAAAGACUACUGAUUAGAGAGUAUAGAUCACGAUUAAAUUUAUAGGUAUCCCUAUUUAUAGUGUCCAUUUAAAAUUUUCCCCAACAUUAUUGGUUGGUAUUAGUCUUUAUAUAGGUACUGAUGAGUGGGGUAGGGGGACCAUAUUUACUGAGAUCUGCCGGCUGGGGACGGUCGUUGUAUCACAGAAGACAGAACAACAUAUACCGUAUAUUUUUAAAAUUGUAGUGCGUUUAUUUUUGUUUACCCAAAAGUAAACAUGUAAAUUGUGGUUGGAGUGACUGAGCUGUAGUGCACUGGUGCGUCAUAUUGCGCAAUGCACCUGCAGUAAAUUGCACACUAUAAUCGUUAUAUUAUUAAAUUAAGUUUUAGUUAAAUUUGCUGCCAUCUUACUUAGUCGCUUGUCCGUUACUAAAUAGUUUAUGUACGGAACUCAACAGAACAAUACUUGAACUAUUUUAUCUAGAGUCUCAAUUUAUUUAUUGUUGUAAUACGUACACUCUUCGAGUAGUCCACACUUCAACACAGUACAAAAUAUUCUAAUAUCUUAGACCGUUACAUCUUGUAAUGAACAUCUUCUAGGGGAAGGCUUCGAAGUCUCUCUGUUUCAUAAAAACAACGGCAAUGAGUUUCAACAGAUUCAAAAACGAUGGUUUGGGCAGUUUGGGUAGUGGCGCAGGCAAAGGUGGCGGUGGUGGAGGUUCCAUCCGAGAAGCUGGUGGUGCUAUGGGUGAACGCGAAGCUGCUAAUGAAGAAGAAUAUUUUUACAUACAGCAACGGCAACAAGUAGACAAAAUUAAAAAGGAUAUUGAAUUUCGUAAAGCGGAAAUAGAGAAAAAUAUUGAUGAAAUCAAAAAGGCUAAAGCUGAUUUGGACAAGAUAACAGAUAAACAGUGAACAACUAUGUACUUACCUAUAUUUUAUUUUUUAUAUUAUAAUCAUCAAACUAGAAUUAAGAAUAUACCUAAUCAAAUAUUUUGAAAUAUUUUGUCUCAGUAAAACUAUAUUCUUAUACAUCCAAAUAUACAUUUUUAUAUUUUUAUUUAA